AUGACGGCAGGCCGCCAGGCCGAGGGUGCGGGUACGGACCACGCCUCCGCGCGGCUGCCCUCCCGGGUGGCCAAGCUACUGUCUGCACUCUUCUACGGGACCUGCUCCUUCCUCCUCGUGCUGGUUAACAAGGCGCUGCUGACCACCUACCGUUUCCCAUCACCAAUUGUUCUUGGAAUUGGACAGAUGGCAGUUACCAUAAUGAUACUAUAUGUGUCCAAGCUAAAUAAAGUAAUUCACUUCCCUGAUUUUGACAAGAAAAUUCCUAUUAAGCUGUUUCCUCUGCCUCUCCUCUACAUUGGAAACCACAUAAGUGGAUUAUCAAGCACAAGUAAAUUAAGCUUGCCGAUGUUCACCGUGCUCAGGAAAUUUACCAUUCCACUUACUUUACUCCUGGAAACCAUCAUACUCGGGAAACAGUAUUCCUUGAACAUCAUUGUCAGUGUCUUUGCCAUCAUUCUUGGUGCUUUCAUAGCAGCUGGUUCUGACCUUGCUUUUAACUUGGAAGGCUAUAUUUUUGUAUUCCUGAAUGAUAUCUUCACAGCAGCGAAUGGUGUUUAUACCAAACAGAAAAUGGACCCAAAGGAGUUAGGGAAAUAUGGAGUGCUUUUCUACAAUGCCUGCUUCAUGAUUAUCCCAACUCUUAUCAUUAGUGUCUCUACCGGAGACCUUCGACAGGCUACUGAAUUCAACCAAUGGAAGAAUGUUCUAUUUAUCAUACAGUUUCUUCUUUCCUGUUUUUUGGGGUUUCUGUUGAUGUACUCCACACUUUUGUGCAGCUAUUACAAUUCGGCCCUGACGACGGCGGUGGUUGGAGCCAUCAAGAACGUAUCCGUUGCCUACAUUGGAAUGUUAGUAGGUGGAGACUACAUUUUCUCUGUAUUAAACUUUGUAGGGUUAAAUAUUUGCAUGGCAGGGGGCUUGAGAUAUUCCUUUUUAACUUUAAACAGCCAGUUAAAACCUAAGCAACCUGUGGACGAAGAAAACAUCCCUCAAGAUUUGAAGGGCUAGAACCUGGGGCAGAAUUGCAGACUGGCUUGCAGACUGGGGGGAAUGAGGGAAUAUUCCCAGCUGUUUUGGUUGUGGCGCUCACCCCUGGUUAAGGCACAACAGGAAUGUCUGCAAGAUGCAAAGAGAAUCUACAUCAUGUGCUGCACGAGGAGCCAUCAUCAGCCCUGAGAAAUGUAUCCGGGCAAAGCCUUACCAGCUGAAAGUGAAUCUUCUCAAAAUAAACCACUGGUGAAAGGGAUUGUUUCCAAGGCACUUGCGUGGACCGCACAUCUGUGUGCUGUUCCAGGUACUGCGAGUGCUUCAAAGGAGGCCGAUGCUGUGAGGGUGCUUAUCAGCACCUUGGCCUUAAUUUCAAAGGUCCCAGCCAAAGCAGA